AUGGCGUCAAUGGCUGCGAUCGGUGUUCUCAAAGUGCCGCCAUCCUCUUCCUCCUCCUCUUCUUCAUCUUCUUCAUCCAAAGCCAUUGCACGCAACCUCUCAUUCACUUCAUCACAGCUCUGUGGUGAUAAGAUUUUCACUGUUUCAGGAACAAGAAGAAGUUCUGGCAGAAACCCCUUCAUUGUUUCUCCCAAGGCCGUUUCUGAUUCCAAAAACUCUCAAACUUGUCUUGAUCCAGAUGCUAGCCGAAGUGUUCUUGGCAUUAUUCUUGGAGGUGGUGCUGGUACGCGUCUUUAUCCAUUGACAAAGAAGCGGGCGAAACCAGCUGUUCCUCUUGGAGCAAACUAUAGAUUGAUUGAUAUCCCUGUUAGCAACUGCCUAAAUAGCAACAUAUCAAAGAUCUAUGUUCUCACACAAUUCAAUUCGGCGUCUUUGAAUAGACACUUGUCCCGUGCAUAUGCGAGCAACUUGGGUGGAUACAAAAAUGAAGGUUUCGUUGAGGUUCUUGCUGCGCAGCAGAGUCCUGAGAAUCCAAAUUGGUUCCAGGGCACUGCGGAUGCGGUGAGACAAUAUUUAUGGCUUUUUGAGGAGCAUAAUGUUUUGGAAUACUUAGUUCUGGCUGGUGACCAUUUGUAUCGAAUGGAUUAUGAGAGAUUCAUACAAGCACACAGGGAAAGUGAUGCCGAUAUCACUGUUGCUGCAUUGCCAAUGGAUGAAGCGCGUGCCACUGCUUUCGGUCUAAUGAAAAUUGAUGAAGAGGGGCGUAUAAUUGAGUUUUCAGAGAAGCCGAAAGGAGAACAGUUGAAAGCUAUGAAGGUUGACACUACUAUUUUGGGUCUCGAUGACGAGAGAGCUAAGGAAAUGCCUUAUAUUGCUAGCAUGGGUAUAUAUGUUGUCAGCAAACAUGUGAUGCUAGAUCUGCUCCGCGACAAGUUUCCUGGUGCAAACGACUUUGGGAGUGAAGUUAUUCCUGGUGCGACCGAGCUUGGAAUGAGAGUGCAAGCUUAUUUAUAUGAUGGAUAUUGGGAAGACAUUGGUACAAUUGAAGCUUUCUAUAAUGCAAAUCUGGGAAUCACCAAAAAGCCUGUGCCAGAUUUUAGUUUCUAUGAUCGGUCAUCUCCAAUCUACACCCAACCUCGAUAUUUGCCCCCGUCUAAGAUGCUUGAUGCAGAUAUCACGGAUAGUGUUAUUGGUGAAGGAUGUGUAAUUAAGAACUGCAAAAUUCACCAUUCUGUCGUUGGACUGCGAUCUUGCAUAUCAGAAGGUGCAAUCAUUGAGGACACUUUGUUAAUGGGAGCAGAUUAUUAUGAGACGGAUGCUGAUAGGAGGUUUUUGGCUGCUAAAGGCGGUGUUCCAAUUGGUAUUGGCAAGAAUUCUCAUAUCAAAAGAGCAAUCAUUGACAAGAAUGCUAGAAUUGGUGACGAUGUCAAGAUCGUUAACAGCGACAAUGUGCAAGAAGCUGCAAGGGAAACAGAAGGUUAUUUCAUAAAAAGUGGUAUUGUCACAGUAAUCAAGGAUGCGUUAAUUCCAAGUGGAACUGUCAUCUAA